AUGUCUCAAGAUCGUAAGAAUCCUUGGAACCUCAUUAAGAACCCGGUCAACGGCCGCACCCGUAUUUCGCAGGCCUGCGACCGCUGUCGAAGCCGCAAGAUCAAGUGUUCCGGCAAGAGUGACCAGUCACCCCGGUGCACCAACUGCGAGCGCGACGGAUUCCAGUGCGUCGUGAGCGACAAGCUCACCAGAAACAGUUUCCCCAAGGGGUACACGAAAAACCUGGAAAAGAAGCUGCUCGAGGUGGAGCUCGACAGAAACAGACUCAUGCUGGAGGUGCGGGAACUGCGGGAGUUGCACGGCCUUAAAGGCGAGUCGGCACCCCAGGUCAAGCUCGAAGACUCUCCCGGCGCUUGCUGUGACUCCCUGACAAACCGUCCCGCCGUGGACAGUUCCGGUGCGCUUGUGAUCGACCAAUACCUUGUGUCCCCUCUCCAGAAGCACAUCGACCAGCUCCAGCUCAACCUGUUCAACGGGUACGAGAAACAGUCGUCUGCCAUGUCCGAGUCGGAACAGAAGAUGCUCGCCAACUACCACAUGAACCUCAACCGGUACCUCAACCUGGUGUUGUACAAGCUGGUUUUCCCAUUACUGGCCGACAAGUCGGAACACAGUCUCGACCAUCUGAUCUGGCUUUUUUUCAACGACCUCAACAAACUGAUCCCUGUUUUGGACUUCGAGCUAUUCUACAACGACUACCUCACGUUCAUCAACCACUACACGCCGGAGUCGUCCACGUACGUGGAGAACGGCGAGAGUAAGAAGAAGUACCACGAGUUCUCGCCGAAAGAGCAGGAUUUUUUGGUCAAGCUGAUUUUGGUGCUCAAGUUUGCCCUGCCGUCACCACGCGCCGCCGCCCAGUCGUCUGUGCUCAACAAACAGUCGCCCAACCAGUUCGAGGAGGCCAUCAAGCUCAUCAACAACAAAAACCUCAGUUUCCUGUUCCGCAACAUCAACUUUGUCGUGGACCCAUCUCUGGACAAGUUCGAGAUCGUCCUGCUCAUGAUGUACCACCUGCUCAAGUUCGAGAACUACCACAUCAAAAAGGACCAGCAGCCGCCCGUGCCGCUGCUCAGAGACAUCCUGAACGUGUGUGUGUUUCUCAGUAGAGUCUUCUCGCUCAACACCGACUCGGACCAGCUCAGCUUCGAGCCCGAGCUCGCCCAAACACAGAAAAUCCACAGACUCAGACUCUACUGGAGCCUGCACUCGCUCACCAAGCUGUUUGAGAUCUUCUUCAACAUCCAGGUCAGAAAAGACCUGCGCAGCCCACGACCACUGGAAAGCGUUCAGCUGGCCUCCAAGGACCUCGACAUCACCAUCAAGCUCGUUCAGCUGCUCGAUAUUGUUCCAUACAACUUCAUGAGCCUGUCCGAGGCCGACCUGCUUGCGCUGGACGCCCAGCUCGACUCCUGGAACGACCUCGAGUCGAUCGUGUGCAAGGAGAACAAAACAGCCGUCGACAAGCUCAAGUCGUACUACCACUACUUCAAGCUCAACCUGUACCUGCGCACCAGCCACUCGCAGUUGCCGGCCCUGUGCGCGGAGAUCGUGCAGCUGGCCGUGGGGCUGGUGGACGGCGACGUGGAGAAGCUCGCCUUGAACAGCUUCAACUUCCACCUCACCACGCUGCUGGCGCUCGCCAAGCUCGAAGCUCCCGAAGACCGUCCCGCCGAGCACGCCAACCUGUGCGCGCUGUACUCGCAGCUCGCCACAGAAAAGCUGUGCGACCCUGUCGUGGAGCAGCUCGUGAAGCACGUGACCCACCCGCUCGACGCGGAGGACCUACACUCGUUCACAUACUCGUUGGCUCCGUCGUCAUUGUUCAAGCGCAAGGAGCCCGAGCUGUUUGACCUGGCUGCGUUCGAGUCCCCGGCAGAGUACCGCUCGCUCGCCCCGGCCACCGAUCCGGCCGUGGAAAGAGCCUCCAAGCGUCACCGGCACAGAGCCUCGGGCUCGCCUCCGUCGCCGUCCUCGAGCGUGUUCUCGUCCAUCUCGCGCGCGUCGUCCAUCUCGUCCAACCGGCUCUCGAUCGGCUCCGUGGACGCUCCGUCGUGCUUGUUUGCAUCUGCCUCCGCUGCUGGGCCUACCCAAAAGGAGCGCAGCGCGCUAUACGAGACGUACAGCCAGUCCGUCACAGGCAACCUGAACAACGGGCUGCGGCGGCUGCGCAACAACGAGGGCCGUGGCCGGUCGCGGUCGAUGGCCGAGUCGUUUGUCAAGCCCGAGUCGCUGAUCCUCAACGACUUCAAAGUCAGUCUCAACGACCAGCUUCUGGGCCAGGAUAGCUCCGAAAUGGAGCAGACAGAAGACCUGGACCAGCUCACCAACCUCGAGACCAUGGACCUGUUUGCGCCUGCUCUUGACGAGCCCCGCAAACGCGCUGCCUCGUUCAGAGACGACGACGACCUCAACAAGCUCAAGGAAAAAGUGCUCACCAUGAAGUACACCUCUACUUGA